AUGUUCGACGGAGAUAUGCUUAUGAUUCGCAGUCCCGAUUUGGUCUUCGAUGCCGAUCUCCCCAAUGAGCGCUAUGUUGGGGCCAUUGGUAGCCACAGGAAGAUGUACUUUCAGACGGGCAUGAUGCUUGUGAUUCCCUCCAGCGAUGUGUUUCAUGCCCUGUUGUACGAGUUGCAGCACAAUAAGCACCAGCGCGACUUCAACGGGCGUGAUGGUCGCCUCAUUCGAACGUACUUCCAGGAGCACUACGUUGUGCUGGAGCGUCUGCUUAGCAUUCAUAUACGGCCGGGUGAUCCGCUCAUCAGCCACGCCAUUGGACUCCACUACCGUGGCAGCUGGAAGCCGUGGUACAACAGGGAAGACCCUCCCGCUCCGCCGCAGCGCAUCACGGCGGAUGAACUUGGGCAGGAGCUCGGCGAGCCGUACAGACUCUGGUGGAAGACAUAUGAGCAGCUGCACGUGCAGUGCAUGACUGUACAAGAGGCACUUGGGGCUGACACACGGCCUGACGAAGCGCCUGCUGAGUACAAUGCAUCGGAGUCUAUGUGGCUGAUGCGACACACAGCACAGAGUUACGUGCAGCUGAUGGAGUGGCGUGAUGUGCAGCGGCGCAACGUGACGCUGCUUGGGAUGCGGCUGCUGGAGUCCGCGGUAGGGGCCUCCUGCAGCGAGACGUGUGGGGCCGUUAGGAUCGGCGACUUUGACGAGGCCCUUCAGUGUGUGGAAAACGCGCUGAGUUUUGUCUCUGUUAAUUCGGAAGAAACAAUGCGGCGUGUAUUUCACUGCAGGCACAUCUCUCUUGACGUUCCUACGCCGUAUCAUCCGUCGUUUGACACGCAAACACGCGCCUGCUACAUCAAUUCACUGCAUGGUAAACGGGAAAGACCAACAUGUGAUGCAAAAGCUCCGCGACACCACCGUCUCUGUGCGUGUCUUGCGCCGUCGAACCAUCGAGGUAACACUGUUGUUGCGCAACCAGCACCAACAGCAAAUCAUCGUCUGGAAAAGGUGGCAGUUAUCCCCACUGCCACCAUCACCACCACCAGCAGCAGCGGCAGCAGCAGCGUCAGUGGUGAUGCAGCAGCCUGUAUGGCAUGGCUGUCGCAUUCUAUGCAUGAGGUGGCGAUGCCGGAGCGCAGCAGGAGUUGUGCGGCGUUUUUGUCACAGUGGUACCGCGUGGUGGCGAUACCUCGCCAGCGCAACGCUCGCACCAUCAAGGUUCGCCUUCACUACAAGGGUCAGUUGAGUGCCAUUGCCAAACUCGAGCAGCUGUCGUUUCCGCUUGAGCCGCACGCAGAGUACGGUGCCUACGUCGCUUCGCUGCUUCUGGGAAUAGGCAUGGUGCCGCCCACAACGCUUCUGCGCGUGCCGGAGACAGUGCUGCGUGAGGCGUUAUGGGCUCAAGCAGACGAGGCUGAAAGAGACUUCCUUGAGCGUGAACUCUGGUGGAUUCACACCGUGGGCAGCGCAGGCAUGGUGACUGUAAGUGCGCAGCUGUGGAUACCGCAGGAUGUGGUGCCGUUUGUCAACGCGACACCACCCAUCACAGAGGAUGCCUUUGAGCGUUGGCUGGAGGCGGAGAGCCGCGAUACAACACAUGUCCCAGGCCGCUCUGUAAUGCAUGACGUCGCGACCAUGGUUUUCUUUGACUACGUCAUUGCUAACGAGGACAGGAGCUUUACCCACAAUGCCCAUGUGCUGGAGAAACGUGGCACAGCACAGCAGCAGCAGCUGCUGCUCUUGGACCAUGGCAAGAGCCUCCACAGUGAGACAGUGGAGCUGCAAGGCAAUCGCCUGUUCCCACGAAAAGUGAGAGUGGGUGAAGCACAGGAUGGCGUGGCGGACGCAGAAGAAGUAUCAGUACCCAUGUGCAAGCUGUCACAGGCUGUGCUUCGUCAAGCGCUCCGCCUUUCCAGAAGACGGUACGAGCCUCUGGCACGGCUAUUGCCUCAUGGCGAGGCGAAAGUGGAUGACGUCAUGGGUGACAGCGAGGGCUUUGCGGGGUUGCUGCUGCGUUCAGGACCAGUGACGAACGUCACAUGGCGUCUCUCAGAGAAGAGCAUUCUGGCAGCCCAGAAACGUCUGGAUAAGGCGCUGGAACACUUCGCGCGGUGUGCGGAGCUAUUCGGGUUGUCGUUUGUCGCUGGCGGGUGA